AACUCGUCAUCGCAUAUUGUUUUAUUUUUUAUUUUGCUUUUUUGGUCAUAACGCGCCCGCCUGUUUGUUUACUCUGUUGCUUCCUUUCUUUUCACUUUCUUGGAUCUGGUCUUUAUUCACCAUAACACUUGAUUGAUUGCUAUUACAAAGAGACAAACCUCCCUGAAACAUCCACACACAUACGUUAUACGGAUACAUAAUUUUAUUUCUCUCUCUUGGAGUUAUCAUAGUUAGUUGGGUUUUGAUUCUACAUACUGGCAAGCCAGUUUUGAUACUUGGGUUUAAUUCUUGCAUCAAGUCUUGAUUCGGGUCAGCGGAUUAUGUUAAGGUUCUUUGAGUUGGAUUACUCAUAAAGAUUAAUCUUUUUAUUUAACUAUUUAGAUGCUUCUAAGUCUCUGUCACUGGGAUAAUUGAGAAUUACAAGUGAUUUCUUAUUGUUGUGUGACAUUCACAUAGUAUGCAUUCGAUUUGAUGAUUCAAGAACAAAUGGGUGUAAGAGGAGUUGUCUGUUUUAUUGUGUUGACUCUUUUGCCUUUAGCUUCGGGAGGUGAUCAAGGCCUCCACAGACUAUCGCUCCACAAUCUGAUCAGGUCUCCGGUGUUAGAUGAGGAUAUGGCUCAGCUUUUAUGGAUCAACUGUGGGCUGGAGUUGAAUCAUAUCAAGGAAGCUAUUGAAAAUCUUAAACCAUAUCCUAAAGCAAGUGACAGUAUUACAAUCAUUAUGCUUUCUGAGAAAGCAAACAGACAUAUAGCUCCCCAAGUCCUUGAUCCUUUGAUUAAGCAAACUCUUAUGAAUUGUUUAAGGAAGAUGAAUCUUAUGAUCUUGGAGUCGGGAGAAGAGAAAAUUUCCAAAAAUUGGCUUGUGAAGUAUAUUGACUCCUUUUAUAAGUCCAGUGGUCAUAGACGAAGAAAACUAAUUCAGGAUUCAGCACCAUCUCCAUCUCCAUUGCCGGCUUUGUCGCCAGCCUUAUCGCCAUCACCUGCAGUUGAAUCACCUUCAUUCAGUCCAACUCCUUCAGUUUCAGGGGAUAGUUUUCAAGGUCAUUCAGCAUCUGGUAAUUUUUUCCCUAAAGAUUUGAAUGGUUCAAGUUCACAACCCGUAGCUAGUGAACCAAGUCCAAAUUCUUAUAUGAACGAUCAGUCGAGGAAGAAAAGAAACCACAAAACAGUUGUUAUUGCUGUUGCAGUAACUGCAACAGUAACAUUCAUAAUUGUCGCAGUGCUAUUUUAUUGCUAUUACAGAGUUUGCGGGACUCGGCAUAGAGCUGGACAAAAUGAUGAGGGGCCUCUUCUCCGCAUAAGCUUAAGCAAUUAUUCCAUUGAUUCUUCAGACAAGUCUUUUGCUUCAGAAAACUCUAUAAACAAGCACAGGCCUGGUAAUCUUUCAUUGCAUAACUCGAGCCAUUAUAUUGGCUCUGGUGUUCAUGGUACUACAAAUCUGGGAACUCCUGUAAAAACAGCUACCAGUAUUCUCAAGCCCAAUUAUGAGGAAUCUGCUCAGAAUUACCCCUCUUCAUUGAAGCCCCCUCCUGGAAAGUUUGUAACUACAGAACUGCCUCCAAAGCAUCUCCCAGAAAGUGCAGACUCUGAACUUCCUCCUAACAAGAGAGCUCCUCCCCCCCCUCCUCCCAUGAAAAGUGCUCCUGCUCCUCCACCUCCUCCUGGAAAAGGACCUCCUCCGCCUCCUGUAUUGCCGCCCUCACAGGGACUUAAUUCUAUCCCACAUAAUCCCUAUCCUGGAGGACCACCACCUCCUGUACCUUCUGCAAUUAAGACUGGUCCUCGCCCACCACCACCUCCAGUUGGCGGUAUCCCUCCCCCUCGGCCACCCAACUUGGGGUUGAGACCGCCUCGUCCUUCAACUCAUGGACCCCAUCAUCCGUCAUCUUCUGCUUUGUCUGAAGGGGAUGAAACUGGUGCACCUAAAGCUAAGUUAAAGCCGUUUUUCUGGGAUAAGGUUCUUGCAAACCCUGAUCAUUCAAUGGUCUGGCAUCAAAUUAAGUCAGGGUCUUUCCAGUUUGAUGAAGAGAUGAUAGAGUCGCUGUUUGGUGCCCCUGCUGGAAAGAACAAGAAAGAGAUGAAAACAGGUGCUUUACCUUCAGGUCCUCCAACACAGUAUGUUCAGAUCAUUGAUCCAAAGAAAGCACAGAAUUUAUCAAUACUCUUAAAGGCACUGAACGUGACAACCGAGGAAGUCUGUGAUGCACUUCAAGAAGGAAUUGAGCUACCCUCUGAACUCUUGGAAACUUUAAUGAAGAUGGCACCCACAACUGAAGAAGAACUGAAGCUGCGGCUUUACAGCGGGGAUCCUUCUCGACUUGGAACUGCUGAGCGGUUUUUGAAAGUCUUAGUUGAAAUACCCUUUGCAUUCAAGAGGCUAGAGUCACUAUUCUUCAUGUGCACUCUCCAAGAGGAGGCAACAAUUGUCAAAGAAACAUUUACAACUUUAGAGGCUGCUUGCACAGAGUUGAAAAAGAGUAGGCUGUUUCUAAAGCUCUUGGAAGCUGUUUUAAAAACUGGCAAUCGCAUGAACGAUGGAACAUUUCGCGGCGGUGCACAAGCAUUUAAACUUGACACACUUCUGAAACUAUCAGAUGUGAAAGGAACUGAUGGGAAGACUACACUUCUACAUUUUGUUGUUCAGGAAAUUAUCCGGUCAGAAGGGGUUCGAGCUGCUCGUGUAGCUCGAGAAAGUCGGGGUAUUAAAUCUGGUGAUCUGGAGGCCUCCUCCAAUGAUCUUGAAAGUCACUACCGAAGUCUUGGUCUUCAGGUGGUCUCAGGCUUGGCUGAUGAGCUUGAAAACGUUAAGAAAGCUGCAGGUUUAGAUGCGGAUAACUUGACAGGAACAGUCGCCAAGCUUGGUCAUGGACUCAUUAAAGCGAAGGAUUUUCUGAAUUCAGAUAUGAAGAAGAUUGAUGAACAGAAUAGGUUCCAUCAAGUCCUCAAAAGUUUUGUGCAGAAUGCUGAGGUGGAUGUGAUGUGGUUGCUGGAGGAAGAGAAGAGAAUUACAGCACUGGUGAAAAGUACAGCUGAUUACUUCCACGGGAAUGCAGGAAAAGAUGAGGGCUUGCGUUUGUUUGUUAUAGUCCGGGAUUUUCUGUUAAUUUUGAAUAAGUCGUGCAAAGAGGUAAAGGAUCGGGAAAAGAUGAGCAAGACACCAAGGAAAGACUUAGUAGUAGCGCCAUCUGCAGAAGCCUAUCAGGGUUCAUCUGCUGAUCCUCGGGAGCGCCUUUUUCCUGCUAUUAGAGACAGGCGAAUGAGUAAUAGUUCUAGUUCAUCGGAUGAAGAUAGUUCGUAAAUAGUUGGGGUAGGUUUAUAUCUCUGAGUAUGAGAAUUGUCAUCAUGAUAGUGUGUUUGGUAAGAUAGAAUUACUGGUAGACGUAGCUAGAAACUGGGAAUGACUAAUUUUUUUUAUUGUUUGUAAUUUUUUCCCUGGUGAGUAUAUUACUUCAAAAGAUUACUUUAAAGCA